ACGGUCACACUGAAGCGCGGGAAAGCCGUCAGCUGUCAUCACAGAUUUUGCGAGCAAAGAAAGCGAAGAAAUUCCGAUAAAUAAAAGAAGAAUAAAGCCUUGAAAGUAGACGAAUCUUAGUCAAAUUAUUACAAACCUAAUCAUUUAAUAUUGUACAACGAACUACAACUGUUAGUAGAGUGUUUAGCAGGUGUAUUUCAUCAAAGCACGUAAGUCCUGCUCGCAACAGAAGUAGAACCAGCGGAAAAAAGCGCGCCGUCGUAGGCGUCAGGAAAAACUCGAUCUUGUAUAUUUUCCAAUCCGCGAAGUACAGUCAUGGCCAAGGUGCACAUCACCAAUGUGGUGGUGCUGGACAAUCCGAGCAGCUUCUUCAAUCCCUUCCAGUUUGAGCUGACGUUCGAGUGUAUCGAGGAGCUGAAGGAGGACCUGGAGUGGAAGAUGAUCUACGUAGGCUCUGCGGAGUCUGAGGAGCAUGACCAGGUGCUUGACACAAUUUAUGUGGGUCCGGUGCCAGAGGGACGACACAUCUUUGUUUUCCAGGCGGAUCCUCCAGAUGUCAGCAAAAUACCGGAACCUGAUGCAGUGGGCGUCACCAUUGUCUUGCUCACCUGCUCCUAUCGUGGCCAAGAGUUUGUCCGCGUGGGCUACUACGUAAACAACGACUAUGCAGAUCCGGAGAUGCGCGAGAAUCCGCCCCCGAAGCCAUUAUUUGACAAACUGACGCGCAACAUCCUGGCCAGCAAGCCGCGUGUCACCCGCUUCAAGAUCAACUGGGACUACGGCCACAUCAACGGGAACGGGAACAGCCAUGAUGACGAAAUGGUAACAGAUGGACCGUCCACAUCGGAGGUGGCAUCUGUUGUCGUUGCCCAUCCGGAAGACGACAACAGUCUGGCCAUGCCCAUCGAAAAUGGGAUCAAAGCCCUGAACGAGAACUCAAACUCAUUGGCCAUGGAAUGUUGAGAGCUGCCGGCAGUCCAAACUAUGACCACACCUAUACACACAGCCUCUCACUCACACAAACACACGCUGCUAUGGUCGACGACUUGGCAGAAUCCCCGAUUCAGACACACGUAGUACUCCUCGUCCCCUUAUUUAAGUAACUAAUUAUAAAAGGAAACAAAUAAAUAUAUAUGUAUACAUUAAAUUAA